AUGCCCAUACCAAUAAAAGGCAAAGUCUACAAAACUGCCGUAAGACCAGCACUAAGGUACGGCUCGGAAUGCUGGCCGCUCAUGGAAGGAAUGAAAAUGCUCAGAUGGUCUGGUGGCGUCACUUGCUUGGACAAAGUGAGAAAUGAGUACAUCCGAGGCACUUUAAGAGUCAGGCCAAUCCCAGAAAAGCUGUUGGAGACUAGAUUGAGGUGGUAUGGGCAUGUCAUGAGGUGUCCAGAUCAUGUGACCAAGAGAUUGCUUGAUAUUAACACUGGACCAAGAGAACGCGGAAGACCCCGAUUAACAUGGAAAUCAGUAAUAGAUAAAGAUCUACAAAAAGCCAAAAUAGAUCCGCAGACGACCCAGGACUGA